CUGAGAUCAGCCAUUACUUUCCUUGGCUCGCUCGUAGGAAUCUCUUACAUUUGGUGCUUUGCCGCUGGUGGUGGUGGAACCGCGCUCGGAUUCUUUCAUCCCCCCCCACCCCCUUUCCGCCCUCUCCUCCCUCCUUCCCUCGCUCCCUCCCUCCCUCCCCCGUUAUUCCGCCGGGGGAGAGCCGGAUUUGUGCCCGCGGUGGGGCGGGGGGGGACGAGAGCGAGAGGGAGAGCCGCCGAGAGACAUGGAUGGCCCGGCGCGAUGCAACGGGCUUCGGAAGAAGCGGCGAUCGCGGUCCCAGCGCGACCGGGAGCGGCGAGCCCAGGGCGGGCGGCGCGGCGCUGCCGCCGGAGGGGCUCCCGGCCCCGGGGCCGCCCCGGCGCUCUCCUCCUCGGGCUCCGAGAAGGAAGACAAUGGGCCCCCACCGCCGUCCCGGCCGCGGCCCCCCCGGAGGAAGCGGCGGGAGUCGUCCUCGGCCGAAGAGGACAUUAUCGACGGUUUCGCGAUGUCCAGCUUCGUCACUUUCGAGGCGCUGGAGAAGGACGUAGCUCUGAAACCUCAGGAACGCGUGGAGAAGCGACAGAAUCCUCUGGCCAAGAAGAAACGGGAAGCACUUAGCAAUGGGCUGUCAUAUCUUCCGAAAAAGAACAGACUUCACCACCACCAGUACAGCUCUGACCGAGAGAACGAUCGCAAUCUUUGUCAGCACCUUGGGAAAAGGAAGAAAUUACUGAAGGGCCUCAGACAGCUCAAGCCAGGUCAGAACAGCUGCCGAGACAGUGACAGUGAAAGCGCCAGCGGGGAAUCAAAAGGUUUCCAUCGAAGUAGCUCUCGGGAAAGGCUCAGCGACAGCUCAGCUCCUUCCAGCUUGGGAACAGGCUACUUUUGCGACAGCGACAGUGAUCAAGAAGAAAAGGCAUCUGAUGCCAGCUCUGAAAAACUGUUCAACGCUGUUACAAAUAAAGAUAAAGAGUUAGGAGUCAGUACGCUCGCUGAAAAUGCCGACCCUGGUGCUAGGGGGCCAGCUGUCCCGAAAAUAUCAGGACUAGAGAGGAGCCAAGAGAAGAGCCAAGACAGCAGCAAAGACCCACUACUUGAGCCCGUGGUGCCUAAAGACCCCUGCCCUCAGGUGGCCCAGCCUCUGGCCCAACCCCAGCUGGAACCACAGCCGGAGGUACCUUGCCCCAGCCCCGCGCUCGCCCCACGGCCGGAGGCUCCGGCCCCUCCAGCCCCACCGCCGGCCGCACAGCUGCCUCCAGCCCCGGAGGAACCCACCCGUCCGCCCGCGCCGCAGCCUCCUGUGCAGCACCCGCCCCGGCCGCAGUCCCCGGUGCAGCCGGCCCACCCCAACCUCCCUGCAGUGCAGCCGCAUCCGGCCGCUCAGAGCCUCUCGCAGCCGCUCUCUGCCUACAACAGCAGCAGUUUAAGCCUCAACAGCUUAAGCAGCAGCAGAAGCAGCACUCCUGCCAAGACUCAGGCUCCCCCUCCACACAUAUCUCACCACCCCUCCGCCUCACCAUUCCCCCUCUCUUUACCAAGCCACAGCCCACUGCAUACCUUCACGCCCACCCUCCAGCCCCCCGCACACCCACAUCACCCCAAUAUGUUUGCCCCUCCUACGGCUUUGCCUCCUCCACCUCCAUUGACGUCAGGGACCCUGCAGGUUCCAGGACACCCAGCUGGUAGCACUUACUCAGAACAAGAUCUUCUCCGUCAGGAACUAAACACGCGGUUUUUGGCCUCGCAGAGCGCAGAUCGUGGGGCCUCCCUGGGCCCACCGCCGUACCUGAGGACCGAGUUUCACCAGCACCAGCACCAGCACCAGCACACACACCAACACACACACCAGCACACCUUCACGCCUUUCCCUCACGCCAUCCCACCCACUGCCAUCAUGCCGACGCCAGCACCGCCCAUGUUUGACAAAUACCCUACAAAAGUUGACCCCUUCUACCGUCACAGUCUGUUUCACUCCUAUCCUCCAGCUGUAUCAGGUAUUCCUCCCAUGAUCCCUCCAACGGGCCCCUUUGGCUCACUCCAAGGAGCAUUCCAACCCAAGACUUCCAAUCCUAUCGAUGUUGCAGCCAGACCUGGAACUGUCCCACAUACCCUCCUGCAGAAAGAUCCACGGUUGACAGAUCCGUUCAGGCCCAUGUUGAGGAAACCCGGGAAGUGGUGCGCUAUGCACGUCCACAUCGCCUGGCAGAUUUACCAUCACCAACAGAAAGUCAAGAAACAGAUGCAGUCAGAUCCACACAAGCUGGACUUUGGCCUGAAACCUGAAUUUCUGAGCAGGCCCCCAGGCCCCAGCCUGUUUGGAGCCAUCCACCACCCUCAUGACCUGGCCCGGCCCUCGACUCUCUUCUCUACAGCCAGUGGGGCUCAUCCAGCCGGCACCCCUUUUGGUCCUCCACCUCACCACAGCAACUUUCUCAACCCAGCUGCUCACUUAGAGCCUUUCAAUCGACCAGCUUCCUUCAGUGGUCUCACUGCAGUGGGUAGCAAUGCCUUCGGGGGACUCGGCAACCCGACAGUCACACCCAACUCAAUGUUCGGCCACAAGGAUGGCCCCAGUAUGCAGAGCUUUAGCAACCCUCACGAGCCCUGGAACCGACUGCACCGAACUCCUCCUUCGUUCCCGACCCCUCCGCCCUGGCUGAAGCCAGGAGAGCUGGAGCGCAGUUCAUCUGCUGCAGCUCAUGACAGAGAUAGAGAUGUAGAUAAACGAGACUCAUCUGUUAGUAAAGAUGACAAAGAAAGAGAGAGCAUUGAGAAAAGACACUCCAGCCAUCCUUCGCCAGCACCUAUCCAUCCAGUAAACUCCCUCGGACAUAAUCGCAGCUCCAGUGAGCAGAUCAGGAGCCAUCUGAAUCCUGAGGUUCGAGAAAAAGAGAAACCCAAAGAGCGAGAGAGGGAUCACUCCGAAUCUCGGAAGGAAAUUAAUGUUGAAGAGCACAAGGUGAAGGACAACUAUAUUUCAGAGAAAGAAAGCCUGAGCCAUGAAAGCCGAGUGGUGGAAGAGUCGAAGCAAAUGUCCAGGGUUCCUUCACCCUAUGCUAGGCCACCUGUUGUGGAAAGCAGCAGGCCUAACAGUACUUCAAACCGUGAAGCUGAGAGGAAGAAUGAGCCAGCGUACGAUAAUCCGAAGAAAAGCAAUGAAGUCAAAGUGAAGGAGGAGCGAAAGGAAGACCAUGAUGCUCAACAUGAGGGACCUCAGACUCACAGGCCGUCUGAUCAGCCACCGCCUAUAUCUACGUCUAAUGUCCAUCCAAGUCCUUUAGUGUCUAUGCCCAUGACUGUAGGUGUAACUGGGAUACAUCACAUUAACAGCAUCAGUGGCCUGGAUAGGACUCGCAUGAUGACCCCUUUUAUGGGAAUUAGCCCAAUUCCUGGUGGAGAACGCUUCCCCUAUCCUUCUUUCCACUGGGAUCCAAUGAGAGAUCCCUUGAGAGAUCCUUACAGAGAACUAGAUAUUCAUCGGAGAGACCCCCUGGGCAGAGACUUUUUGCUAAGAAAUGACCCCCUUCAUCGUCUUUCUACGCCAAGAUUAUAUGAAGCUGACAGAUCGUUCAGGGAUCGGGAACCUCACGACUACAAUCACCACCACCAUCACCACCACCCUCUCUCUGUUGACCCUCGACGUGAGCAUGAGCGGGGCAACCACUUGGAUGACAGGGAGCGGUUGCACAUGCUCAGAGAGGACUACGAACAUGCACGCCUGCACUCAGUUCACCCGGCCGCCUUGGAUGGACACCUGCCUCACCCAAGUCUCAUCACACCAGGACUUCCUAGCAUGCACUACCCCAGAGUCAGUCCCCCGACAGGACACCAAAAUGGUAUCCUCAAUAAAACUCCCCCCACAGCAGCUCUCAGUGCCCCUCCACCACUUAUUUCUACGCUGGGGCCUCGGCCUGGGUCUCCAAGAAGGACUACUCCUCUGUCAGCAGAGAUGAGAGAGAGGCCUCCUUCUCACACCCUCAAGGACAUCGAAGCUCGAUAAGCAGAGCGAGACUUAAUAAAAAGCAGAGAGAGAGGGACAGAACAUUGUAAAUGAACAUACAGACCUUCUUACUAGUCUAUUGAUACAGACUGGGAAUGUGACCCACUGUACAAUAUGUAUAGACCUGAGUGCAAAGAUUUUGAAAUGUUUUUUUUGUAUAUUAUAUGUUGAAAUUUUCCAGAUCUUUUAGCCAAGUCCAUAUGUUCCUCGUGUCUCCUACUCUAUUUUAUUUCUAGUUUAAAAGUUUCAAAAUUUGAACUGAAGAACAAGACGUUAAUCUGAAUGAUUUGCCUAGAAACAAGCCACCACCAAUGACAACCGUACAAAGCUCUUUUAGACCAGAAGUGAAGACAUUUGUAGAUAUUUAUGUAAAAAGAGUGCUUCAUGGGUUAAUGGUUCAUAUAUGCAAA